UGGUUCUUUAUCAUUCUUAAAUUCGAGAGGGAACCGUCUAUAGCACCCGUCAUAUCGAUAAAGAUAACAAAGCCUCUUUGGCUAAUCACUACCUUUUGAUUUUUCGACAUGCCGGAUUACAAGAAGCUCGAAAACCAAGAAACCGAUGUGGAGAAUGGCCAGGCCUCUGGCCAGACCCCUGGCCAGGACACCGAGGAGAGACAAAGGCCGGCGGAGAGUCAACAGGCGGCCCAAAUGGUGACGGUGUCGUUGCUCAUGCUCCUCUUCCUCGGCAGCUCCUACUUCCAGCCCCGGCCGCGCCUCCAUCAGUAUAGUGGGCCCGGAGGCCAUGGACUGAAGGGAAAAGUCAACUGCGACAUUCAGCUGGUGGAGUCCAUACCCGUUGGACUGAAGUAUCCUGAAGGCAGCCCAAAAUUCCUGAGCACCUACGAAGCAUGGAAGCAGCUCUUGGACAGCGCGAAAUCCUCACUGGAUAUAGCAUCCUUCUAUUGGACACUCAAGGCCGAAGACACGCCCGGUGUGGCCGAUAACAGCACUCAGCCGGGCGAGGACAUAUUCGCCAGACUUCUGGCCAACGGAAAUGGCGGCAGCCGGUCGCCCCGAAUCCAGAUUCGCAUUGCUCAGAGUGAGCCCUCCACUGUAUCGCCCAAUUCGAACACAAAAGUGUUGGCCAGCGCCGGAGCUGCCGAGGUGGUCAGCCUCUACUUCCCUAAGUACUUUGGUAGCGGAGUACUGCACACCAAACUUUGGGUGGUUGACGAUGAGCACUUUUACCUGGGCAGCGCCAACAUGGACUGGCGGGCCCUUACCCAAGUCAAGGAGAUGGGCGUGUUGGUCCAGAACUGUGGGCAACUGGCAAGGGACGUGUCCAUCAUCUUUAGGGAGUACUGGGCUAUGGGCAACAGUGAAAGCUCACAAAUUCCCCGUUGGGACUUUUCAUACAACACAUACUACAAUUUGCAGAGUCCCAUGCAGAUAAAAGUAAACAAGAACACCAGUAUGGAGGGCUUUUUAACCAGCUCCCCGCCACCUCUUUCGGCGAGGGGGCGAACAAAUGAUUUGGACGCCAUCCUCAACACUAUAAACACAGCCAUUAGUUACGUAAAUAUUGCGGUUAUGGAUUACUAUCCACUGAUUAUCUACGAGAAAAACCAGCAUUAUUGGCCUUUCAUCGACGAUGCACUGCGGCGAGCAGCUGUGGAGCGAGGAGUAGCGGUGAAGCUCCUUAUCUCCUGGUGGAAGCACUCCAAUCCCAGCGAGGCCAAGUACCUCAAGUCCCUGCAGGACCUGACCUCCAAAAAAGAUAACAUUGAUAUUCAAAUUCGCUGGUUCAUUGUGCCCACUGACUCGAGCCAGGAGAAGAUACCCUUUGCUCGGGUGAACCAUAACAAGUAUAUGGUCACCGAUCGAGUGGCUUACAUUGGCACCUCCAACUGGAGUGGCGACUACUUUACAGACACCGCCGGCAUCGGCUUGGUACUAAGCGAAACCCACGAGACGGAGAGCACCAAAACCUUGAGAAGCGACCUGCGCAACGUCUUCGAGCGGGAUUGGAAUAGCAAGUACGCAACCCCACUUCAGUAAUCGUUCCCGGCUUUUAUUUUAUUCCACUUGUUUCAAUCCGAUCCCAAAUAUUAUCCCAAGUAUUUAAGAUCUCUACAAAUUGUUCAAUCCUAUUCAUUGCUUUUAUUCAGUUUUGAUUAUGCGUGAGGGUUAAAUAAAAGGCUCGUUUAUCGGCCAUAACAGAAAAUACAAAAUAAUA